CCAGAAUCGGACCAGCAGCAAGCUCAUGUAGAGUGGUCCUUACCAAGCCUCGACGUGGAAACCACCAAAUCAACAUUGAGGAGCCAUGAACACUUUGUGGUUAAGAGCGGUUAUGUCAUGAGUGAUCUUCCAAAAUUCGAUGACCUCUUACCCUAUGGCACAACUGCGGAGGACGAGACCGGGCUUUGGGAGAAGGAAGUGGCACGUCUUGUCAAAAUUGCAAACUCUCCAGCAGCACUUCAUCUCCACGGAGAAGAAGACUGGUUUGGAAAAGCGGAUCGAGAUGGUUAUACCAGAUUACACAAGAUUGCAAUACAGCUACAAGACGCGCUUGAUAUCUGUAACCAUGACAAUGAGCUGCUGUUGAUCGAACACAUGUCUGAGCAGGCAGAUCGACAGACCUACAACACCGCACAUAACAGAUUACUGCGGUAUUACGACCCCGAUGAAGGAAAGGAAAGAUUCCAGCGUCAUCUCCGUCUCGACAACAGCAAUGACAGAUACUACCAUGCCAUCGUCAACUACCUUACUGGCAUGAUGGUGCGCGUCCUUUUGCGCGUGAUGCGUGGGGCUUUGUGGGAGGAGCAGUGCGUCGUCACAGUUGCAAAGUUUGCCGCAAAGCUGAAGAUCUUGGUGAACGACUUGCCAAUGUUUGCGGCAACUUGCCUCACAAGGACAGAGGAAGUCCAGUUUCGUACCUUUCACCAAGCGAAAGUGGACAGCAGAAUGGAAUACGGCAAUUCAACAUUGGAUAACGAUGGAUUAGUGCCGCCGGAGAAGAUCCCGAACAGCCAGCAGCCUCAAUUGGAGCGAGGCUCGGUCGAUGCCGAGAUGCGAUAUUUCAUUCUUAUGAAGACCUUUCAUCUUGGCAUCUCCCGUCUUCUUGUAUCGACGCUUUCAAAUCUCAGAUCGAAUGAAGACACAGAGAUGUCGACGGAUGUCUUCAAUACCAGUGUUAUGAUGUACGAGGACUACAUCAUUAACCGGCGGUUGUUCCUCUGCUCUCAACGCGAUGGUACCAUUGGUAGCGCUACUGAUUCGAGAGUCAUUGCGUCUGCGGGUGCGGCAUUCCAAGUGUGCCUGGACGCCUGGAAACCUUUGGCAGACCUGCCAGCCGACAAGAACAUCCUAUCCCAGGACUGGACUCUACUGUCGUGGAAGUGGACAGAGCUCGACCCUAAAACUUUUGAACGGCUACCUGGCAACUUCACUUCGUCUGUGAAGUUGUCGACGAUGAAGAGAGCCAUCACUAGUCUCGUCCCAUAUUUCAUGGUUUGCGGCAGCUUUCCUAGCCUGCUCCAGGACUUGUCCAACAAAGUCUCCUUAAUCACAGAUCCAACAGCACCAGUAAAGCCUGUCAACCAAAAACCUUUCUUGGCAGUGUUUACAUCUCGGACAAGCGCAUAUAUGGCCAAGCGGUUUGAUAUCUUCAGCGAUGAUGACGUUUGCGAUAUCUCGCAUUCAGUGCUUGCCCGUGGGAAGGCUCUGGCCAGGUCAGCGACGACAGCAACCAGUGAGAGUAUACGCCUUACUCGGGAUGCGGAGCGGAGGAGAAUGGCUAAGGCUAUGAAGGAGUUCCAGACCUGGAUGAUCGAUGAGACAUCAAUUAUCAUUCCCCAUAAGCUGUACGCCUGGGGAUUCUUGGGCGGAUCUGCGGUGGUUGUCUUCGGCGGCCUAGCCAUGGGACUGACUGUAGGCGAUCGAAUCACCGGAGUUGAUCCUUUAGGGCUCGCUAGCUACUGCUGGCUGUUUGCUGGAUUCGUGUUACUUGUUGCGAAAUCUCUCCGUGUCGAAAACUGGCCUUGGAGCCGUUUCUUCCGCGGUCAGGUGGUAUGCAAAUCAGUGAGUGAGGUACACUCCGUUACUGGGAUGGAUACGCAGAUUAUCCUAGCAAUUUUGCUCAGGCUCGAGCCUAAGAUGAGUUUGAUCAAGCGAGGGCCUUUUAAUGCUGUGUUCUCCAAGCGUGGAGCAGAAGGAUUCGCUAUUGAUGUCCCACUACACACUUCCACCCUCAUAGAAGGAGGUUUGAUCCUUGUUAAGGUGCAGAGUGUUGUCGGAGAUGCUCUCAUAGGUAUUCAUUCUGAUCUAUGGACUCGAUACGAUUCUGUGUCUCCAAAGGGCGACAACGCGUUGGAAGACAGGGUAGUUUGUAAGGAUUUCCUGGAUCCAGGAACGUGGAUAUCAAAAGCUGAAAAGUUUCCCUUGUACACGUUGAGUCGAGAUGAUAUUCAAUGGUUUCGAGUUGUUGGGCUCUUUGAGAAAAACGCGUACUUUAAUUAGGUUCACCUAUCUAUAAUGUAGAACCGACAAUGAUGAGAUCUAAAAGCAGCAAGCGUGAACUGCGACUACAUGUCUAAUUGCCU